ACAAAAAAGAGGAAAAGAUCAACCAGCUGUCAGCCUUAGAUAAAUAUUUUCAAAGACCUGAAAAUGAAAUCUUUGAUGCUUUAACAUACAUGGAUUUUUAUUCAGAAUAUGUUGUCAAUACAAAGAAACCAAAGUCCGUUGACAACGUUAAUGAGUGCCAAAUGUCAGACGGAAAAACCUAUUUUAUUUACUGUCGCAAGACCGUCCAUGUGCCGCGACUGGCUUUAAUUCGCCCACAAGCUGGCGAUGUAUGGUACUUGCGCCUAUUGCUAAAGCACGUACCAUCAAGAUCGUAUGAACAGCUUAGAACAGUGAAUGGUGAAGUAUGCGAAUCGUUUGCGGAUGCUGCAACUAAACUGGGCCUUUUCAAUGAUUCAACUGAAAGCAAAUUGUGCAUGGAAGAAGCGAUUGCACAAUUUUGCAGCCCAGCGCAACUUCGUACACUGUUUUUUCUCCUGGUAACAGAAGGCGCUCCCGGACCAUCGUUAUAUGAAACCUUCAAAAGUCAUAUGGCAGAAGACUACCGACUGAAUCAGAAAUUAUCGGAAUGGGAAUCUGAAAAAAAGUUGUUGUCUGAUCUGUUUGCAAAAUUUGAUUCCGCCGGUAAAAACAUGAACGAUUUUGGGCUGACGGAACCUUUCAGUGAGAAAAACAUGGUUGAACGAGAAAUAGCAAGAUAUAAUCCAGUCCAGAAUGAACUCGAACACGAGCAUUUGUUAUCAAUGUUGAAUAACGAUCAACGCGAGAUAUAUGAUUAUGUAGUUAAAAUGCUGGAGACAAACAGCGGCGGACUUCUAUACAUUAACGGCGCUGCUGGAACGGGAAAAACUUUCUUGGUCAACUGCAUAGCAAACUUAGUACGUGCACAGGGCAAAAUUGCAUUGUGUUGUGCCAGCACAGCUGUUGCAGCAUCAAAUUACGGAGGCGGCCGAACAGCUCACUCGAUGUUUCAAACUGCGGUUGAAAACAACGGAACAGAGCAAAAACUGGAAUGCAACUCGAUGAAAUGCUUCAAAAAGUUAGACGCUCUGCUGAAGUGUGUGGAGGAAUUCUUUUUAUUGGAAUUGGUGAUUUCCGACAAAUCCCUCCUGUUAUCCAGUAUGGAUCAAGAACUCAGAUCAUUGCUUGACAAAGUAGGCGACGGAACAUUCGAAGAAGAUGAAGAAAACUACGUUGUUCUUCCUGAAUACCUCAAUUACACUACUUCAGUUGAAGAAGCAAAAGCCUUCGCUUACCCAAACUUGAAAGAACAAAACCGGAAAAUACUUGACUCGGCGAUAUUGUCUUUGCGAAAUUAUCAAGUUGACGAACUGAACGCUGACAUUUACAAAGAUCUGGCCGGUAAACCCGGAACGCUUUACAGCUUUGACGAGCUUAACUCCGAGGGAUCCGCUGGCUAUUUUGAUGAAGAGUUUAAUGAAGAUUUUUUGCACUCACUAAACGAAAACAACGUUCCACCCCACGAGCUGAAAGUUAAAGAAGGCAUGGAAUGUUAUCUCCUUCGCAAUCUUUCCCCGGAAGACGGGCUUCUGAAUAAUGCCAAAGAAUGGACCUUACCUAUGGAUUAUUUGGCUCUGCUGUAA